ACUGUAUUCUUUGAUAGUAUAUGUGAUAGUAUAAUAUAUAUUCUUUGACAGUAUAUAUAGUAUAGUUAUAUUUUAAUAAAAUUUUAAAAUGAGUUAGGUUAAUUCUAUACGAAUAUUGUCAAAGAUAUGAAAAAGCUGUAUAAUAAUUGAAAAAGAAAAGAAAUUAGAUAGAAAGUAAAAAAUGGAGUAGUUACGAUUAUAGAAUAAAUGCAAUUUCACUUUGAUUGGUUGACAUAAAAGAAGAUACUCUUUGGACCUAUCAACGUGGUAUUUAAAUAUGACAUGAGUUAUCGUUUUGUAAACAUUUGACAAUACUGUUAUGUAAAGUAUAUGUAUAUACUAAUAAUAAAUGAGUAUUCAAAUUUGAAAAAGUCAUUGAGUGAAAAUCUAUGAAAUUUAAUAGUCAUAAAAAUGCGUGAAAAUCAAACAAGUAUAAAUGGAAAAACGAUAUUGAUAACUGGAUUUGGGCCAUUUGGUAAACAUAUUGUUAACGCAAGUUGGGAAGCUGUGAAAGAAUUGUCUAAAUUGUGGCCGCAAUCAAAAUUAUGUAACAUUCAACUAAUAACAAAACAGAUACCUGUAUCUUACCAAUACGUGUCUACAGAAAUAUCCAAAUUAUGGGAAGAGUAUGAUCCUAUAAUUGUUAUACACGUUGGUGUUUCUUACAAAGCAUGUUGCUUAACUAUAGAACAUAUUGCUCACAAUGCAGGCUACGUAAAACCGGACAUAGAUGGUAAAUGGCCCCAUGAACUACAGGUCGUUUGUCGUGUUUUAGAAACUAACAUAAAUGUUAACAAACUUUGUGACAGUAUUAAUGAGAAUUCAAAGGAAAGCGGAUGCACUGCUUGCGUUUCCCAUAAUGCUGGAAGAUAUUUGUGCGAAUACAUAUUUUAUCAAUCAUUGAAUAUUAAAACGCACAAAACGUUAUUCGUUCAUGUUCCUGAUCUUAAUGUAUAUUCUAGCCUGCAAACUGCCAAGGGUUUAUACGAUAUCAUAUAUUUUCUUAUUAAAACUUUAAACGAUGAUUAAAAAGAUAAUUAACGUUAUAGUAAAAAAUAUAAAAUUUUACUAUUAUCUUAUAAAAAAACCACAUUGAUACUUAAUAUCUGUCAUUUUUAACCUUAACAUUUAAUAUAAAUACAUAAAUUGCAAAU